CGUCAUCAAUCCGCGCUGGCAAGAUGGCGGCGGCAGUGCGGGCCGUGCUGUGGCGGUGCGGGCGGCCUCCGCCUCCCCGGGCCUGGCGGGGCCGCGGCCGCCUCGGCUCGCUCCCGGCCCCGCGACGGGCGCCUCCCUCUCCGCAUCCCCUGGCGGGGGCGGCGGCAAGGCCCUGGUCCCUCUGGGCGCCCCCAGCAGCCCCUCCACCGCCCCUCCGCUGCCUCCACCUGCUGUGCGGCGGGCCCGGGGGCGGCGAGGAGAAGGAGGGAGGCGGCCUGGAGGGCCCCGAGGGGGGCGGCGGCGGCGGAGGGAUGCCCGGCUCCAGCUCGGAUGGAGGGGCGCCGGUGGUGACGGCACUGGCCCCGCUGAUGGUGCCCGAGCAUGUCCCGCACGUGCCGCUGAUCGCUGUCACCAAGACCCCCGUCUUCCCCCGCUUCAUCAAGAUCAUCGAGGUGAAGAACAAGAAGCUGGUGGAGCUGCUGAGGAGAAAGGUCCGCCUUGCCCAGCCGUACGCGGGGGUCUUUCUCAAGAAAGACGACAACAAUGAAUCGGAUGUGGUGGAGAAUCUGAACGAAAUCUACCAGACGGGGACCUUUGUCCAGAUCCACGAAAUGCAAGACCUGGGAGACAGGCUGCGGAUGAUCGUCAUGGGGCACCGAAGGAUCCGUAUAAACAAGCUGCUGGAGGUGGAGCCCGAGGAGCCGGAGCCCGAGGCCAAGCAGAAGGCCCGGGGCAGGCAGAAGCGGUCCCAGAGGGAGGCGAUGGAGCAGCCUGUGGCCCCAGAGCAGGCAGGCGAGGGGGUGCUGGAGCCCCUGGAGGCCUCUCUUGGGGAGGUGCUCAUGGUGGAAGUGGACAACGUCGCCCAUGAGGAGUUCCAGGUCACGGAAGAGGUCAAGGCUCUGACGGCAGAAAUUGUCAAGACCAUCCGCGACAUCAUUGCCUUGAACCCUCUUUACAGAGAGUCGGUGCUGCAGAUGAUGCAGGCAGGGCAGCGCGUGGUGGACAACCCCAUCUACCUGAGCGACAUGGGCGCGGCCUUGACGGGGGCCGAGUCGCACGAGCUGCAGGACGUCCUGGAAGAGACCAACAUCCCCAAGCGCCUCUACAAAGCCCUCUCUCUCCUCAAGAAGGAAUAUGAGCUCAGCAAACUCCAGCAGCGGCUGGGGCGAGAGGUGGAGGAGAAGAUCAAGCAGACGCAGCGCAAGUACCUCCUGCAGGAGCAGCUGAAGAUCAUCAAGAAGGAGCUGGGCCUGGAGAAGGAGGACAAGGACGCCAUUGAGGAGAAGUUCCGGGAGCGGCUGAAGGAGCUGGUGGUGCCCAAGCAUGUGACGGAGGUGAUCGACGAGGAGCUGAGCAAGCUCGGGCUUCUGGACAACCACUCUUCCGAGUUCAGCGUCACCCGGAACUACUUGGACUGGCUGACCUCCAUCCCUUGGGGCAAGUGCAGCGAGGAGAACCUGGACCUCACCCGAGCCCAGGCGGUCCUGGAGGAGGAUCACUACGGGAUGGAGGACGUCAAAAAGAGGAUCCUGGAAUUCAUUGCCGUCAGCCAGCUCCGGGGGUCCACCCAAGGCAAGAUCCUGUGCUUCUACGGCCCUCCCGGGGUGGGCAAGACCAGCAUCGCCCGCUCCAUCGCUCGAGCCCUCAACCGGGAGUACUUCCGCUUCAGUGUGGGUGGGAUGACGGAUGUGGCGGAAAUCAAAGGGCACCGGCGGACGUACGUGGGGGCGAUGCCAGGGAAGAUCAUCCAGUGCCUGAAGAAGACCAAGACGGAAAACCCCCUGGUCCUGAUUGAUGAGGUGGACAAAAUGGGGAGGGGCUACCAAGGGGACCCCGCCUCGGCACUCCUCGAGCUGCUGGACCCGGAGCAGAAUUCCAACUUCUUGGACCACUAUCUUGAUGUGCCAGUGGACUUGUCCAAGGUGCUUUUCAUCUGCACUGCCAAUGUGGUGGAAACGAUCCCCGAGCCCCUGCGGGACAGGAUGGAGAUGAUCAACGUCUCGGGAUACGUUGCCCAAGAGAAGCUGGCGAUCGCCGAGAGGUACCUGGUCCCUCAGGCGCGCAUCUUGUGCGGCUUGGACGAGAGCAAGGCCAGCAUCACCCCUGAGGUCCUGACUGUCCUCAUCAAGCAGUACUGCCGAGAGAGCGGAGUGAGGAACCUCCAGAAGCAAGUGGAGAAGGUGCUUCGGAAAUCUGCGUACAAGAUCGUCAGCGGGGAAGUCGAGAAAGUCGACGUGACGCCUGGCAACCUCCAGGACUUUGUCGGGAAGCCCAUCUUCACCGUGGAGCGGAUGUACAAUGUGACUCCCCCAGGAGUGGUGAUGGGCCUGGCCUGGACAGCCAUGGGGGGCUCCACCUUAUUCAUCGAGACCUCCCUGCGGCGGCCCAAGGAGAAGGAGAACAAGGAGGGCUCCCUGGAAGUCACCGGCCAGCUGGGAGACGUGAUGAAGGAGAGCGCCAAGAUCGCCUACACCUUUGCCCGGGCCUUCCUGAUGCAGAGGGAGCCCGCCAACGACUACCUGGUGUCUUCCCACAUCCACCUCCAUGUGCCAGAGGGAGCUACCCCCAAAGAUGGACCAAGCGCAGGCUGCACGAUCGUCACAGCCCUGCUCUCCUUGGCGAUGGAUCAGCCCGUGAGGCAAAACGUGGCCAUGACCGGGGAGGUGUCGCUGACGGGGAAGAUUCUUCCUGUUGGGGGGAUCAAGGAGAAAACCAUUGCGGCCAAGCGAGCUGGCGUCUCCUGCAUCAUCUUCCCCGCAGAGAACAGGAAGGACUAUUCGGACCUGGCUGCCUUCAUCAGCGAAGGACUCGAAGUGCAUUUUGUGGAGCACUACAAGGAGAUCUUUGACAUUGUUUUCCCAAAGCCCAGUUCCCCAGGAGGGUGAGCUGCUGGGGCUGAAAUGCCUCCGCGGUGGGGGCCUGGCCCUCUGCCACCCCACUGCCAGAAGGGCCUGGGGCUGCAGUGGACUGGAUUUGCUGCUAAGUAGCUGUCGCUGCCCCACUGAGGGAUUGGUUUCUUCAUGCCUUGGUCGCUGCAAAGCAUUUCCCACACCAAAUGAUUUGAAUUAUGAACUUGAUUAAAAGUAUAUCCUGUGAAAACCACAA